AUGGCAUCCUUUAGCAAAGCUGCGCGAAACGUGUUGCACAAAAGCCCAAACGAUGUUGUGUUACUUUCUGCGGUCAGGUCGCCAAUCAAUCGUAGUUUCAAGGGCGGUUACAAAGAUGCUCACCCAGAAGACAUAUUGAUGCCGAUUAUGAGAGCUGCCGUACAACGAGCUGGCAUUGAAAAAAAUGAUGUGAACGAUGUCAUGAUUGGGAAUGUACUCGCUGAACUUGGUUUCGCAAAGACCGGGCGUAUGGCACUCAAUCAUGCUGGAUUUCCAAACUCGACGACUUUUCACACAGUCAAUCGUCAAUGUUCGAGCAGUCUGCAGGCCAUCACCCACAUCUCACACUCGAUAAUGGUGGGCCAAAUUGACGUGGGGCUUGCUGGCGGUGUAGAGAGCAUGUCAAGGAACUACGCCUCGCGGGGCCUCCCGACCGAUGUUUCGCCCACACUACUAGGAUCAACCGUCAAAGAUGCUCGCGACUGUCUCAUGCCGAUGGGAAUCACGUCGGAGAAUGUGGCGGAAAGAUACAAGGUCGAUAGAAAGUCACAAGACGAGUAUGCGGUACGAAGUCAUAGUCGCGCAAGUCGCGCCCAAAGGGAAGGCCGCUUUGAUUGGGAGAUAGAGCCAGUGACGGUUCAGAGGGCAGACGAAGCAAGCGGUCAGCCUACAGGGCAUGAAGUAACCAAGGACGAUGGUAUUCGACAUGGCUUAACUUUUGAAAAAGUGUCGACGCUUAAGCCUGUAUUCGGCGAGAACGGCAAGAGUACUGCAGGCAACUCGUCUCAAAUAUCCGACGGCGCAUCCUCGACCAUACUCGCUCGGCGUUCAUGGGCUGAAGAGCGUGGUCUGGAGCCACUCGGCCGCUUCGUCGGUACACAAGUCAAAGGCUGCGCUCCCGAUGAGAUGGGCAUCAGCCCAAUAUACGCGAUACCUGCAUUGCUGGAGUGGACAGGUAUCCAACUAAAGGACAUCGAUGUCAUCGAGCUGAACGAGGCGUUCGCCAGUCAGACCAUCGCUUGCAUUCGGGAGCUGGGUCUCGAUGAAGACAAGGUUAACCCGAAUGGAGGUGCGAUAGCUCUCGGACAUCCUACUGGGGCGACGGGUGCUCGGCAAACUGCUACACUGUUUGGCGAGCUGCGACGUCAAGACAAGGAGAUCGGCAUUGUCAGCAUCGUGAGCGCCAUCGACUCAGUCAUCUUCCGCACGCUGUUUGGAACCGAUGAGAUCCGGAAGGUGUUCGACGACAAAGCGUACAUCAAUCGGUGCGUUGAUGCCGAGACCGCAUUGGCAAGGGCACAGUCAAAAUGCAAUGUGAUACCUUCACAUAUCGGAGAGAUUGUGACAUCCAAAGCCCGCCAAGUAGAACUCGACUAUGACAGGCUGCGCAACGAAACCGAAAUCGUCGGAUAUCCUAUAUUUCCUUUGGUGCGACAGCUCUCCGCGUCAUGUGGUGACGAGGCCGGACGUUACGUGCAUUGGGGAGCAACAACACAGGACAUCAUGGAUCUGGCAAGCAUGCUGCAGAUGAAACAAGGUCUUGAGAUUGUUGAGCGUACGCUUCGCUCCGUCAUCAAGAACCUGGAAGAUUUGUCAAGAAAGCAUCGAGAUACGCCCAUGGCCGGUCGCACCCAUCUUCAGCAUGCUCUGCCCAUUACUUUCGGACACAAGUGUGCUAUAUGGCUAUCUGGAUUUCAAAGACAUCUCGAGCGCCUCGAGCAGCUCAAAUCGCGUGCCUUGAUGGUCCAGUUUGGAGGAGCUGCAGGCUCUUUGGCUUCACUAGGCUCAGGCGACGAUGGCAUCCGUGUUCGGAAGGAAAUGGCGAAAGAUCUAGGUUUGACCGAUCCUCCGAUCACAUGGCAUGUCGCCAGAGAUGGAGUUGCUGAAAUUACAAACUACCUUGCACUUGUUGGUGGUACCUUAGGCAAGCUUGCUUUGGACAUUAUCAUCAUGUCUUCAAACGAACUUUCAGAAGUCUCAGAGCCUUUUGUGCCGCACCGCGGCGCCUCCUCGACUAUGCCACAGAAGCGGAACCCCAUUUCAAGCGAAGUCAUUCUGGCAGCAUCGAAGAUUCUACGAUCAAAUGCCGGCUUGGUGCUCGACGGUAUGGUGUCAGACUUCGAGCGUGCUUCUGGUCCAUGGCAUCUGGAAUGGGUGGCUGUUCCAGAAAGCUUUGUGAUUGCUGUUGGAGCGCUGAACCAGGCUGACUUUGCGCUUUCUGGCCUUGUAGUAAACCCCAAGCAGAUGCUCACAAAUCUGUAUUCCACUAGGGGUCUAAUCGUCGCUGAAGCUGUAAUGAUGGGCCUUGCUCCGCAUGUCGGUCGAUCAAAAGCGCACGAUGUUGUCUACGAGGCAUGCAAAGAAAGUAUCGAGAACGAUACCAGCUUAUUAGAAGCUCUGCAGACGCGGUCCGAGAUUACCGACAAGAUUUCCAGCCAAGAGCUCAGCUCGCUGUGCGAUGCGAAGAACUAUCUAGGCUCCUUGAUCACACCUACAGUCCAUCGUCAUACAUUCAACAUCAUGCAAGACUUCAAAGAACGCAAGCUCGUCACCGAUCCACAAAAGGCAUUCCACUUCACAGAUCUCCAAAGACUGAAGCCAACACGUGCAAACGACCCAUACGACUAUCAAGCGGGAUGGGGAAAUCGACAUCAAUCAGAGGUCAUUCCAGGGACUUUACCCGUUGCUCAGAAUAACCCUCAGGAAGUUCGAUUCGGACUUUAUACUGAAGGCAUCACAUAUUCAGCAUUCGCAGCACCCCGCGCCCACAACUUUAGUACUUACAUGUACCGAUGCCGACCCGCAGCUGCUCAUAAGGGCUACAUCCCGAUUGAGACAAAGUCGAACAUCACAAACUGUUUCUUGUCCAUCAAUCCCAAAGUCGAGACGCUUCCUGAGCAAGCAGAAUGGCAUCCAUUUCCACUGCCAAAAGAAGAUGAGAAAAUCGACUUUGUCGAUGGCCUGCAUACACUCUGCGGCAGCGGAGACCCAAACAUCAAAGAGGGUCUUGCGCUAUACGUAUACAUGAUCAACUCGAGUAUGGAACAACGAGCAUUCUGUAACACCGAUGGCGACUUCCUUAUCUGCGCGCAACAAGGCAACCUUGACAUAAAGACUGAGAUGGGGAAGAUCUUCUUGCAACCUGGUGAGAUCUGUGUUAUACAGCGUGGUAUUAGGUUUUGCCUGAACUUGGCUCCGGAUACACCAGUGGCGCGUGGCUAUAUCACAGAAGUCUGGGGGUCAAUGUGGGAGCUUCCGGAUCUUGGCCCACUAGGUGGCCAUGGUCUUGCCAAUCCUCGCGAUUUCCUCUACCCGGUAGCCGCUAUCGAUGAUGAUCUGCACGUAGACUGGCAGAUCGUCAACAAGACCAACGGUCAGCUUGUGGCGAUACAACAAGACCACAGCCCCUUCGAUCUUGUCGCAUGGCACGGUAACGUUGUUCCGUACAAGUAUGAUCUUACGAAGUUCUCUUCGCAAAACAGCACAUCCAUCGAUCACACUGAUCCAUCGAUCUUCACAGUCCUCACAGCCAAAUCCCGCGAUCCUUUGACACCAUUAGCUGACUUCCUCUGGUUCGGUCCAAGGUGGGAUGUUGCGACCAACACUUUCCGACUACCCUACUUCCACCGCAAUUCCGCCUCCGAAUUCCUUGCCUGUCUAUACGGACAAGGUCUUGGAAGAAGCGACGAUUUCCGACCUGGUGGAGGUAGUUUCGAGGGCGGUCACACACCCCACGGUGGAUUUCAUGAGGGAUACCAACAUGGUAUGCGGAUACAUGAGAGCCAACCCGAGAAGAUUCUCACUGACCAAUUGACCAUCAUGGUCGAAUCAAGCCGUCUCUUCCUCUUUACUGAAUACGCUCGUAAGGACUGCGGGACAAUCGAAACACGGGGAACCGACUACAAGGUCUGGGAUGCACUUCCGGAUCGCUUCUCUGCCAACAAGAGAGCACAAGAGUUACUGGCUCGAAUCAAGGACGACAAGGUCGCAGAGAAGAAGAGGCUUGCACCGUACUACUUCGGUGGGUUUUCACAUGGUGCCAACACCAGUAACACAGAUGGUGUUCACGCCGAAGAGCUGAAGCAAUAUCUGACCUCCGACUCGAAGGCCAACGGAACAAAUGGCAGCAGGACCAUGUAUUCUUUCAGGACCGUUGCGAGAGCAAUACCACACGCGUACCUUCGACCCAUAGCCAGUCGGAUCGCUACCCGAACAUCGCAACCACAGAGAAGAAAUAUCGCGACCAAGAACAAUGUUUCCAAACAAAUGGUUGAGAAACUGCCUUUGGCUGGAAUCAAAGUCCUGGACAUGACCCGAGUAUUAGCCGGGCCAUACUGUACACAAAUACUUGGAGAUCUUGGAGCAGAUGUGAUCAAGAUCGAACACCCCACACGAGGCGACGACACACGAUCCUGGGGCCCACCAGAUGCACCAUAUACGGACGGUGUCGAGCGUCAGUUCCCUGGCGAAAGCGCAUAUUACCUUUCCGUAAAUCGUAAUAAGAAGUCGAUUGGGCUAGCCUUCAACAACUCCACAGGAAUCUCCAUUCUGCACAGGCUCGCGCAGGAAUGCGAUGUGCUUGUUGAGAACUACCUCCCGGGAUCGCUCGCAAAGUACCAGCUCGACUACGCAACCCUUGCGAAGCUCAAUCCUUCCCUUGUUUACGCUUCUGUCACCGGCUAUGGACAAACAGGACCAUACCGCGAUCGUGCAGGCUAUGAUGUGAUGGUCGAGGCUGAGAUGGGCUUGAUGCACAUCACUGGAGAGAGGGAUGGGCCACCAGUCAAGGUUGGCGUAGCGGUCACGGAUAUUAUGACUGGCAUGUACACUGCGAUUGGCAUACAGGCGGCGUUAUAUUCGCGGAAAGAGACUGGUUUAGGCCAGUGGAUCGAUGCGAGUUUGAGCGACGUGCAGGUUUCGGGAUUGGCAAACAUCGCGAGCAGUGCGCUGGUAACAGGCAAAGGCGACAGUGGUCGAUGGGGAACUGCACAUGCAACAGUAGUACCCUACCGAGCUUACAAGACAAAAGACACGAACAUUGCAGUUGGCGGCUGCAACGACCGCCUCUAUGGCAUCCUCUGCGACAAGCUACAACGCCCGGAAUGGAAAACCGAUCCUCGCUUCCGCACAAACGCGCUCCGCGUCAAACACCGUACGGAGAUCGAUACGCUUGUCGAAGCCGAACUCAUGACCAAGACAACACAAGAGUGGCUGGAGAUCUUCGAUGGAAGCGGAAUGCCAUACGCGGCUGUGAAUGAUAUCAAGGGCACGGUUGAACACGAACACGUUCUUGCGCGCAAUAUGAUUCAGGAGGUCGAUCAUCCAGCGGUGGGCAAGGUGAAGCUUGUCAAUCAUCCGGUGAAAUAUUCGAGAGCCGAGCCGCGGAUCAGGAGUCCACCGCCGUUACUGGGGCAGCAUACCGAUGAGGUAUUAAGGGACAUGUUGGGAUAUGGAGAGAGCGAGAUCAAGGAGCUGAGAGAUAAGAAAGUUGUUGCGUAG